AUGAAGUUGAUCAUCGUUGGAUCCAGCGGCUACGUUGGCAAAGCACUUGUCCGCCAGGCAGUCAGCUCUCCCGCCAUAACGUCCGUCGUGGGCCUUGGUCGCCGCGAGACUCCCGUCCCGGAGAAUCUGGAUGACCCUGCCGAUGCGGCAAAGUUCACAUCCGUUGUGUGCGAUGACUUUUUGAACUAUUCAGACGAUGUCAAGCAGAAGCUGUCCAAUGCCGAUGCCUGCAUCUGGCUCAUGGCUGUCACUCCGAAUAAAUCCGCAACCAUGUCUGGGGAUGAAGUCCGAAAGAUUUGCUUAGAGUAUACCCUUGCUGGCCUCGAAACGAUUUCCAAGCUCCCGCGAGGCAAUGAGGCGAAACCUUUGCGGUUUUUCUAUGUCAGUGGUGCCAACACUGAGCGGGACCAGACUAAAAAGCCUUGGGUGAUGGGCAGUUAUUGCUUGAUGAGGGGAGAAGUCGAGAGCCGCGUUCUCGAAUUUGCCAAAAACUCCAACGGCGCUGUCGAGGCCUGCAUCCUCAAGCCGGGCCUCAUUCGAGACUCUCAGCGAGGAUACAUGCUCAUCAAUGCUAUUCAAAACAUUGCCACUUCUUUCAUUAGCCUUCCAAUCGUUUACUUGAAUCAAAUUGUGGCGACGCUUCUUAACCAGGCGACAAAGGGUAUCGAGAAGGAAACGCUGGAAAAUGCCGACAUUGCUAGGAUUGGACAAGAAGAGCUGAUAGAACGGGAGGAAGCGCUUGAGAAUUGA